GAUGAGGCAGAUUGAUGAAGAGAAAGAAAGGGUCUGCGUAACUGGUGCAGGGGGAUAUGUGGCAUCAUGGGUCGUCAAGUUUCUGCUCACAAAGGGUUACAUUGUUCAUGGAAGUGUUAGAGACCCCUGCAAUGAAGAAAAGAAUGGUCAUUUGAAGAAACUGGAAAACGCUGUAGAGAAUCUGCGGCUCUUUAAGUCAGAUUUGCUUGACUAUGAAUCUCUCAGUGCUGCCAUUGCCGGCUGCACCGGGGUUUUCCAUGUUGCCUCUCCAGUUCUAUCUGGCCCUACUUUCUCUAAUCCUCAGAAAGAAGUUCUUGAACCAGCAAUAAUAGGAACCAGGAAUGUACUAAAUGCAUGUUUGAAGGCUAAAGUGAAGAAGGUGGUGGUUGUGUCAACUGCUGGUGCUGUUAUACUCAACCCUAAUUGGCCCAAGGAUCACCCCAUGGACGAAAACUGUUGGACUGACACCGAAUUUUGCAAAAAUAUUGUUAAUUGGUAUUGCCUAGGAAAAACUAUAGCAGAAAGUGAGGCUGUGGAGUUUGGGAGGAGAAGUGGACUCAACAUUGUCACAGUUUGUCCAUCCAUUGUCAUCGGGCCAUUGCUGCAAUCAACAAUGAAUGCUAGCAGCUUACUUCUCCUACAUUAUUUGAAAGAUGGACGCGAUACAAUGGAAAAUCCAGAUUGUCCACUUGUAGACGUGCGUGAUGUAGCUGAAGCGCUUCUACUAGUGUAUGAAAAGCCCGAGGCAGAGGGAAGACAUAUAUGUUCUUCAUACACAAUUCGAUCACAGGUUUUGGUUGACAAGUUGAAGACAAUGUAUCCCAAUUACAAUUACCCCAAAAAUUUUACAGAGGUGAAGGAAGAGAUAAAGUUGAGUUCAAAGAAGUUGCAGAAUUUGGGUUGGAAAUAUAGGCCAUUAGAAGAGACUAUUACUGAUGCUGUCAAGAAUUUUGAAGAAAAUGGCCUGCUGGUGCCCAAACAUUAAACCAUCAUUCUGUUGAAACAUCUUCUAAUUAUGUAUGAUUUAUAUAUAUACAUAUCUAUUGAAUUUGUCGUGAGGGAAAAAUAAGAGAAUUAAUUAAAAGUUGAAUUUAGGAGUCAAGUUAUGUACGCUGUGAAUUUUAUACAGAAAUAAUCUCAAGAGAGACAAAAUAAUGUUGUUGUGGUAUGAACUACAGUGC